AUGGUAACUGGCGGCCACCUAAGGGACACCAAAUGGCCCAAGUGGUUAGAGCGCGAAUUUACUGACCGGAAGGUCCGUGGUUCGAACCCGACCUCUGCCUCUCGACUUCCCCUGUCUAGGCUUGGGCAUCCUGGCAGUAUCACAGGCCUCGUGCUUCCUUCGGGUAGCAUGGCAGCUAGGCACCAAGUGCGGAACUGCUGCCGGAAGGUUCGCGGCUCGAACUCGACCACGGUGUUCCGACUGUUUCUGUCUAGGCUUGGCCAACCUGGCGGUAUCCCAGCCCUCGUGCUUCCUUGGAGUUGUACGCAAGCGGUUUGCGCGGAGCCGUGUCUGACACUAUGUGCGAGCUGCCGAAGUAAACCCGAGGGGACAAUAUCGGUGAGUGAAAACGCGGCUGUAACACCCUUUCGGCGCCUAACUGCCAUGCCACCAGAAGGAAGCACGAAGGCUGAGAUGCUUCCAUGUUGCCCAGGCCUUGGCAGGAGCAGUGGAGAUACCGAGGUUGGGUUCGAACAACGGAUCAUGCGGUUG